AUGCCAAUACAGCUGUGGCCGCAUGAGGGCUUCAUUGAGGGACCCGGCAAGUCCCUCUCUCUCCUGUGGGGCGACGUGCUGCGCCUGCUGCUGCUGUCAACACCCCGUCCCACCCACUCAUCGACACUCCCUCUUCUUCUCCGCAUCCCCUCCACUCCAAUACAGCUGUGGCCGCAUGAGGGCUUCAUUGUGGGGCCCGGCAAGUCCCUCUCUCUCCUGUGGGGCGAUGUGCUGCGCCUCUUGCUGCUCACGUGCCGAGAUGCCUUUGACCCCCACGCCCUGCAAGGGGAGGGAGGGCUACCGAGGGCUAAGGUGCUUUUCCUCCUCGCCCGUCUGUUACUGGAGGAGCGACACACAGCCGAAUUUCUCUUCAGAUGCGACCCUGCCACUUUCCUGAUGCACUCACUCGAGCCUCCCAGCCCCUCGUCACCUGCCAUAUCACCUCAUUCCCCGCGCUCACCAUCCCACCCCGUAUCCUCCAUGUCUCACGCAUUCUUCAACAUGGCAGUAGCCGUCCUCUCCCUCCCUCUCCCCCCCACGUCCACACCCGCCCAACCCUCCUUCAACACACUCCCUCCCUCCGUCUCCCACACCACCUCCAACCCCCCCUCCGCCUCCUCCUCCUCCUCCUCAUCCGCCUCCUCUCACUCCUCCUCCACCUCCCACUCCUCGCUCUCCUCCACUCCCUCCUCCUGUCAACCCCCUCCCUCAAUGGACCCUGACGCGCUAGUGAGAGCAGCGGUGGUGGUGUCGCUGGUGAUCAAUUUCGCGCGCACCAAGGGGACAGCGCUCAGCACGGCAACAGUCGACUGGUUUGGCCUCUGGCGGUCGCUCAUUCGGACCUGUGAUUGGUGCCGCGCGGAAAGCAAUUUCCAGCGCCCAGGAGUGCCAGAGGUGGCCGAAAUAUCCCUAGGCCUACUGGAAGCAUGCGUGGGUGCGGGGGCAGACCUGGUGGGGGGUUCAGGGAUUCACACCGGAGGGAGCAGCGUGGGAGCGGGUGGGUGUGACGAUCUGCAGAUGCUGCACGCGCUGCUGCUGGCGCACAUGGGGGUGUUUGAAGGGCUUCAGGCAACAGCUGAGAGGAUCACAUUUGGGGCAGCGGCUAAAGUGUCAAUCACUGGAGGGAUUACUCUGGUGAACAUCAAAGAGCUAAGAGACCACUAUGAGGUGCAGGCUGCAGGGAUGGGUAUGCGGUUGGGCAGCAUCACAGAAGACCAAGCGCUGACAGUUAUCCGCAAGAAGGGCAUGACUGGACUCAAGGUGAAGCCACGUCAUGUGGGCCCCACACAUGUGUACUCGGAGGGCACAGCGGAGCUCCGGAUUCUCACUGCUGCCACCCGCCUGCUGGUGGCAUACCACCGGAGAAACUUUUGGUCGUUGCUGCCCAAGCUGGAGCUUGAGAAUUAUUGA